UUUCCAUCGUAUAAAACCAAACUUCACAUGUCCUCUGUUUCUUUGCCUCUAAAACUCAUCAAUUUUCUUGAUUCUCCAUGGCAAGAAACGGCGUCGCUUCCCGGCUUUGGAGGUCAGAAAUGAUUCAGCAAGACUACCAAGAAGAUGAAGUCCACGUUCUGGCAGUCGAUGACAGUCUCAUUGAUCGUAAAGUCAUCGAACGUUUACUCAAAAUUACGUCCUGCAAAGUCACUGCAGUCGAUAGCGGAAGAAGAGCGCUGCAAUUCUUGGGAUUAGAUGACGAGAAGACCAACUCGUCGUCAAUCCAACACUUGAAAGUCGAUCUCAUUAUUACAGACUACUGUAUGCCUGGAAUGACCGGCUACGAGUUGCUCAAGAAAAUCAAAGAAUCUUCGACUUUUAAAGAAACUCCGGUUGUAAUCAUGUCUUCGGAGAAUAUCAUCGCUAGAAUUGACCGAUGUUUGGAAGAAGGAGCAAAAGAUUUCAUAAUGAAGCCAGUGAAAUUGUCAGAUGUUGAACGGUUACGUGAUUACAUGACAGCAAGAGAGCUUAAAUGGAAAAAUCAGCAAAUUAAUAUCAAUCAUUUUAAUAAUCAUAUUAACAAGAGGAAAUCAAGAGAGAGCUGUGAUCCUCCUUCUUCAUCUCCGCCGUCCAUUUUAUUUUCAUCCUCCUCAACGUCGCCGUCUCCGUCUCCGCCACCGUCAUAUUUAUCAUCUCCGUCUUCUCCGUCGCCUUGUUGGUCUCCGUCACCGUCUCCUCAGCCGAUGCUGUCGUAUUCGGCGCCGUGUUCUCCCACCAGCUGUUUAGAUUCGCCUACACGACGGCUCAAAAUGAGCUGCAGCUCCGAUUAGAAGACGUCUCUUUACUAUUAUUUUUUUGUUUUUACAUUAUAAAUUAGAAAAAGAAAGGGAAGAAACUUUUUCAAUUGUAAGCAAUUUUCCGUUAAUUUUAACGGUUUUUGUUGCUUAUUUCAAUUUUUUUUAUUCCCUUUUGGCCUAUGUUUUUAAUUAACAUUUUAUUUUUGUCCA